AUGCCAUCCAAACAGAAUUUGGUGUUUAUCCGAGCUUCUCAAGUGUUUAUAUUAAUCAUUGUUGCAUUUUGUGUGAUAACCACUUACUACAUCCAGCUGAGAACUAGUUUCUCGAUUAACAAUUCAAAAGCUAAAAUUAGUGUUAUUCACGAUGAAGAAGGUGCUGUUACAAUCAGGGAAGAAGGAUUUAUAGAAGUUAAUGCAAACACAUUUGUCUACUCGGCUUACUGGGAUGACAGACUUGGCCCUAACAACAGUUUUGUACGAGUGAUCGGUACCGCCCCACGAAAUUCCCAGGAUUUGAUAUCUAUUGUCUGUCUCGUUUAUGUGAAGAGUAGUUCAAAUAACGGCACAGAAGUUCGGACAACUUACAUAACUAUAACAGAUAAUCAUGGUAGACAAAACGCUGGGACGUUCUUUUUAUGUCAUUGGCCUGCAGACCAGCCGCCUCCCAAACAAGUAGCACUUCGUGAUAGCCGAACUCUACAAGAAUCGACAAGGCUUACUGUUCGUGUUCGAAACCACAUAAAUCUAACGAAAAUUAAAGACAAACUUGGACUGUGUGUCCGUCCUUUUUUUGGGUAUGUUAAAUCUCUUUCUGAACUACAAGAAUUUAUAGCCGUAUAUUACAUGUUAGGUGUUAGUCAAUUCACAUUUUAUAAAUAUGAAUUAGAUGACCGUAUAGAAAAGAUGUUGUAUGCUUUGCAAAAGAAAGGAAUUUCCAUUGAACUUCUUCCAUGGAAUUUGCCUACAAGAUUGUUUCGUACAACUUGGGCUGGAGGUCAAUAUGUCAGCAUAGAGGAUUGCAUUUACAGAAAUAUGUACGACGUCAACUACGUGGCUGUUGUGGACGUUGACGAGUUUAUCUUUCCACGUAACCAUUCAACCCUUCAAGCUAUGAUUUCUUCGAUAGCAAAUGAAAACUGGGGUAGUCUUAUUUUUCGAAAUGCCUUUUUUUGCACAUCUAAACCUUCUGACCAACAGACGUUAAACUCUACGUUGCCAUUUCGAACAAUGACAUACUUACAACACCAAAAAAAUAUUUGGCCAGCGAAAAAGAGAUCUAAAGUUAUAGUUCAACCUACUAAGACAAUAAUCUGCGGUAUACAUUAUGUCUUUGAACAUUUUAACAAUUCAAAGGAAAUUGUAAUAUCGCCUUCUGUUGCCAUUUUACACCAUUAUCGUCAUAGUGUUUUUUGUAGAGGAACGUUGGUUACAGACAAGACAGCCUUGAGGUUUAAAAUAGAUUUAUUAAAAUGUGCUAAACGUCUUUUCCAAUAA